CAAUUAGGGUUUUUCCUUUCGGUUACCUUGUGGUCUGUAGCAAGGAGAACUUACUCAACAAUGAAGAAUCAGAGGAAAAAGAUAGGUAACAACAAAUCCCCAACACCGGAAUCCAAAUUCCGCUCUGAUUUCAGCAUUUGCUCCAAAGAGAAAGAUUUGGCUGGCGCAAUCUCCCUUUUCGAUUCCGCAGUUUCUCAAAACCUCAAACUCAAUCUCCACCACUUGAAUUGCUUCCUUUAUAUAUGUUCCAACUCCAUCGAAGACAAUAAAGACGUUGCAAUCGAUAAAGGUUUCAGCAUUUUCAAUCACAUGAUAUCGAGCAAGAUAAACCCCAAUGAAGCCACUAUCACAGCCGUUUCUAGGUUAGCCGCAGCAAAAGACGACGCUGAUUUGUCAUUUGAGUUGGUUAAAAGUUUGCUCAAGUACAAUGACAAGCCUCGGUUGCGAACCUAUGAUCCAGCAUUAUUCUGUUACGUGAAGAAAUCAGAUGCCGAAAAGGCGUAUUUGGUGGAGAAAGACAUUUUGAGUAUGGGGUUGUGCUUGGAAGAACCAGAGAUCGCUGCAUUGCUGAAAGUCAGUGCUGAGACAGGAAACGAAGAGAAGGUGUAUGAAUAUUUGCAUAAGUUAAGAAUUGGCGUCAAAUGUGUGAAUGAAUCAACAGCAGAGAUCAUUACCAAUUGGUUCAAAGGAGAAACGGGGGCGAAAGUGGCCAGUCGUUUGAAAGACUGUGAUAUGGGUCGGGUUAAAGAUAUGGUUUUGAAGAAUGGAGGUGGGUGGCAUGGGCUUGGGUGGAUAACGAAAGGAAAAUGGGUGUUACAGAGAACAACCAUUGAUUCAAAUGGUGUUUGUUGUGCUUGUAAAGAUCAGUUGGCUUGUGUCGAUAUCGGUAGAGAAGAAACAGAGAAGUUUGCACAGUCGUUAAUGGCGUUGGCCAUUGAAAGGGAGACCCGAUCAAAUUUCACUCAGUUUCAGAAUUGGCUGGAUGAACAUAAUGAUUUUGAAGCUAUAGUUGAUGGAGCAAAUAUUGGACUUUACCAACAAAACUUUGCAGAAGGUGGAUUUAGUGUUUCUCAGGUUGAAAUUGUUGUUAAAGAACUGUAUAACAGAAGCAAGAAAUGGCCACUUGUUAUUCUACAUGACAAGAGAAUUCGUGCCCUUUUAGCUAAUCCUUCAAAUCGAGAGCUACUUGAAGAGUGGAUUGAAAGAGGAGUUCUUUAUGGAACACCAGUUGGAUCAAAUGAUGACUGGUAUUGGCUUUAUGCUUCUGUAAAACUCAAGUGUAUGCUUGUGACAAAUGAUGAAAUGAGAGACCAUAUUUUUGAACUUUUAGGAGGCAAUUUCUUUCCCAGGUGGAAAGAAAGACAUCAGGUUCAUUACACUUUCCCAAAAGGUAAACUUCAACUUCAAAUGCCACCACCAUAUUCCAUUCUUAUUCAGGAAUCUGAGAGAGGAACAUGGCAUGUGCCCUUAGUGAGUGAUCACAAUGAUGAGUCAUUAAGAACAUGGCUUUGCAUUUCCCAUUCAGACCUCUGUAAAACUUGUUCUGAAGAAACUUCCAGUUCACAUGUUGGUAUAACUGGUAAAAGAAAAGAAAGAUCUUCAUCUUAGAAACUUGGGUUUUUUGUCACAAUUUUGAAUGUCUUUUUAACUAAUUGUUUUUGUUUGAUUUUGUUGUAUUAUCUGAGAAGUAAUGUAUGCAUAAACUAUAAGCUUUA